AUGGAUGAUUUAUAUGAUUUUCAAGAAUCCUUCUCCUACAAACUCGUAAAAUCGGAAACCACAUCCGUAAUUCCGAGUUCGGUACGUAAAUUCCAAAUCAACUUCAACUUUUCUUUCGAAUUGGAUGUUUCUGAGUGGAUUUUAUCGGAAGACGACGAGUCGCAGCUCGUGAGCCAGUCUCAUCAUCCCGUCGUCGAUUGCCUCGUCUCCAUGAGUUCCGCUCAGUUCUCGAGUUUCGAAGAAUCACAAAAAUACAUGGAAGAAAAACUGACGACGACGAGUAGUGGAUUAUCGCGACUGAAAUCCAGUAACCGUCGAGAGUUGGUCGAUUACGCGUUGCGCGAAGCCGGCAAAUACACCGCAGGCGGCGGGGCCCACCGAGUUUUGAAUCUCCACUUCGAUGUACUUUUGGAGCACGAAUAUAUUUAUCUCCGUGAUAUUAGUAAUUAUGAUGAAUCUACUCGUCAUAUGGUUCCGGCCGAGGAUUCGUCGAUUGAUCACGCGUUGAAGACGGUGGAAUAUUCUCUCGAUAUUCCCGAGAUGAAUUGCUCCGUCUGCUUGGAAAGCUUGUCGGGAGAUGAUUAUUAUCGAGAAGAAUUGUUGAGCAUGCCGUGCGCACAUAUUUUUCACGGCGAUUGCAUCAAGAAAUGGCUGAGGACUAGCCAUUAUUGCCCGCUUUGCCGAUUCGAGAUUCCGAUCGACUAG